CCAUCGCCAUCGCCAUCGCCAUCGCCAUCGCCAUCGCCAUCCCCAUCAGUUGAGCAGCUGGCGAAGGAUUAUAUUUCAAAAUUUGGCGGAAUAAAUAUUAAUAGAAAGACUUCCAUACAGGAGGCUGUAACUGUGUUUGAAGAUUUCACCUUAAAUAUCAAGAACGUCACAAAAAACAAGGCCGACAUAGAAGAGGUUAAAACACUGAAAAAAUCCAUCUUUGAGGUGGCAGAGGCCGUCGAGAAAUUUGCUCUUAAUUAUAGCAAGCGACACCUGAAUGAAACGAGACCUUCAGAAAGGAUCUUUUCCCCAACAAUGGUUUUGGUCAUUCAAAAAGUCCAUCGCCAGAAUGCGAGUGACUUCCACUUUGAGGAACAACCAUGGCAAGCGAGAAUCGAUAUCGCGUCUUCAAAUUUUCAGGAAAAUGGAUCAUUGGUAGUUGCGUUUGUGUACAAGGAUCUGCAUGACCUACUUCUGACAGAUCAAGACAUCAGGAGUGAAACAGACAACCAAAGGUAUAUCAACUCCAGGAUAAUGGCCGUAACUAUGGACCCCAAGCCAGAGAAAUUGCGAGAAAAUGUCAUCCUAAACUUCAAAAACCUAAAGGUCUUGACAGCAGAGAAGCGCUGUAUGUUUUGGAGUGGCUUAAGCGAAAGCUUUUCAGAGGAAGGAUGCCAUGUAGUUACAUCAAAAAGCAACUUAGAAGAGACAGGUUGCAGCUGCAAUCAUUUGACGCAUUUUGCCGUCUUAAUGGACUACGACGGUAGCAGAAAGCUCACCGAGGAGGACGAAAAAAUUCUGAAAACAAUCACCUACGUGGGACUGAGCCUUUCUAUCGUCGGGAUACUUUUAACGUUAAUACUUUAUUCUUGCCACACAGAUAUUCAUCAACCUCUCUCUCAAAUUCGACUGAGUGUUUCUAUCUCCCUUGGAGCAGGACAGAUCAUCUUCCUCGCCGGAAUAAACGCCACAGAAUACAAAGCUGCCUGUGUUACCAUAGCAGCUCUGAUGCAGUAUUUCUUCAUGGCCGCUUUCUGUUGGAUGCUGAUCGAGGCAAUUUAUUUCUACUUCUUCGUUGUGAAAGUUUACAACAUUAACACCAAGAUGUGCAUGUAUCAUGUCAUCUCAUGGGGUCUUCCAAUGAUCAUGGUGGCCAUUUCACUUGGCAUCGCUGCUGGGAAAGAGGGGUUACAAAGCUAUACGAGUGAUAAAUAUUGCUGGCUUUCCUCGACGAACAACCUAAUCUGGAUAUUCGUCGCCUUUGUGGCUUUCAUUGAAGUUGCCAACAUAUUGAUACUCGCACGAGUCAUAAAGGAGAUGACCAAUUUGUUGCAGCCACGAGGGGAGGACGACCAUUCUCAGCAAAUACGACUUGGUAUCAAAGCAUGCGCGGUGAUGAUUCCCCUGCUGGGUGUCACGUGGCUAUUUGGUCUCCUCUCGCCUGUACAUAAAGCUUUCGCUUACAUCUUCACCAUACUCAACUCUACUCAGGGUUUUCUGAUUUUCGCUCUGCACUGCAUGCGAAAUACUCAGAUCAGAGAGAAAUUCAAAAGAAAGAUGAAUAUCGUUUUUCCAUCUCCUAUAAAGAACAACUCCGCAAGGAAGAGCUCACACGUGAAUGCAAGUGAGGUUGGGGAUGUAUGGGCAGUUGAACUGCAGUCUUGCGCUGAAUUUGAAUCGAAAUCGCACCUAACUUAA